GGCAGCGUGCACACGAGAGCCAGCGCUGCGCGGAGCCGCGGCCGGCAUCGCCCUGGUUAGUACAGAGCAAAGGCCACAGAGGUGUCGUCCCGCCGCCUCCGUGCUCCUGCGGUGCCAGAGUUCGGGACGCAGGGCCUGCCCUGCCCCAGCCACCCAGACCUGGGGGAGAGGGGAUUGCAACCCAAACUCCAGCUCUGCCUCUAGUAGACGAUGGAACAAAACAAGACGAAAUGACACAGCUAAUUUUAAAAAGAAAUAAAGAAGUUUAAGGCCCAGGAUUUCAGAAAAUUUUGGAAGUGGGCCAGGGGCGGAGCUCUCUGGACGUCGGGGACGCAGCCUUUGCAGCACUGGACGCCUGUAUGAAACUGCCGAUCCCCUCGCCAGGACUUAGCUCUGCCCACCCGGUGGAAGAAAGUUAGCAACAGUGGGAGCAAAGCUGCUGACUCUGAGAACUGCAGACUAGGUGCUGGGGACUGGCGUCAUCGGCAGUGGCUCUGGACCUGGAGCAGCACCCCUAGGCCAUCAGUCACUGCCCCAAAGCUGCAGUCACCUCGGAGGAUUCCAGGAACAGAAGACCCUCAAGGACGCCCAAGAUGGGGUUACCCUCCCUGAGUGGCCACGCCAGGAGGGUGCUGAGGCUGUCCAGAGCAGGAGCCGUUGGUCAUCCGGGCUAGUAGAUACCCCCAGAGGACCAGCCCAAGCGCUGCAGCUGGGGUCACCACAGCUCCCCCGAGAUGAGUGAUUAUGCACCCUCCUGUCCCUGUGCCCAGCCCCUCCUCAUGGAAACCGGAAGCUCACCCCAGUAUCCCUGAAGAGAGGGCGACAACUCCCAGCUCCCACCCUCCGCCCAGGGUAGCUGCACUGAUUAAAUUCCCUUCCUGCUUCACAGCUAUUCUUUCUGUCUGCUCUUGGGGGUAAGUGGCCAGAUCUGAUUUGCUGGGACCCCGAGUCUGGCCCAGGACUCAGGUAACGAGAUCACGUACCACACCAUGCAGAACAGGGCAAGGAAGGCGUCCACGGCUUAGCAAGGACACUGCCUGGUGCACACACGUGGGUGACAUUUGAUCACUGAGUUCCCCCAACUUGGUUGUGAGUCUCGCUAAGGUUCCCUUCAAGGCCAUCGUGACAUCUCCUGAGGAGCGGAGGGGGGACACCCACGCCCGCACUCGCCUGGGGGCUGGAGCAGGCUGCCCUCCAAGGAGAAGACAGCACUACUCCCAGACUCCUGCGAAGCAACAGCCAGGCUCCCCACAGGAUCAUGUGUACACUGUGACAGUAAUAGCGGAUUGGCCAGCAAACAUACAAUUAUUGUAAAUAUAAAUGAAGUGAAGUAGCAGAGAGUCAGCUUUGCCCACUGUGUACUGAAAGCCGAAGUUGGCCGGGGCGCCCCAGUUCCCAGCGUCCUGCACCCGGCGGAGGGCUGGUCCUGCGGUCCGUGGACCCUCCGAGCAGGUCACUCCAAGCCUGAGCGGAGUGUAGGCGUGUGCUCAGCCGUGUUCAGUGCUGCGUGCAGCUAACUCCUGUGGAGCGUGAAAAAGGCUAUUGAGCUGAAGUCGAGAGGAGUCAAGAUGCUGCCCAGCAAGGACAGCAGCCACAAGAACUCUGUCUUGAGUCAAGGAGGUGCCUCCCCGGCCUCUGACAUGUGUCCAGACCCCGGGAUCCCAGAGAACGGGAGAAGAGCGGGCACCGAUUUCAGGGUUGGUGCGAGUGUGCAGUUCUCCUGCGAGGACAACUACGUGCUCCAGGGCUCCAAGGCCAUCACGUGCCAGAGAGUGACAGAGACGCUAGCAGCGUGGAGCGACCACCGGCCCAUCUGCCGUGCGAGGACGUGUGGGUCCAAUCUGCGUGGGCCCAGCGGCGUCAUCACCUCCCCUAACUUCCCGGUUCAGUACGAGGACAACGCGCACUGCGUGUGGGUGAUCACCACCAGCGAUCCCGACAAGGUCAUCAAGCUUGCCUUUGAAGAGUUCGAGUUGGAAAGAGGGUAUGACACGCUCACUGUGGGGGACGCCGGGAAAGUGGGGGACACCAGAUCCGUCCUGUAUGUACUCACGGGAUCCAGUGUACCUGAUCUCAUUGUGAGCAUGAGCAACCAGAUGUGGCUGCACCUGCAAUCUGACGACAGCAUCGGCUCCCCUGGGUUUAAGGCUGUUUACCAAGAAAUAGAAAAGGGCGGGUGCGGUGACCCCGGAGUCCCUGCCUAUGGGAAGAGGACGGGCAGCAGUUUCCUCCACGGGGACACGCUCACCUUCGAGUGCCAGGCCGCUUUCGAGCUGGUGGGCGAGAGGGUCAUCACGUGCCAGCAGAACAACCAGUGGUCAGGCAACAAGCCCAGCUGCGUGUUCUCCUGUUUCUUCAACUUCACGGCGUCCUCCGGCAUCAUCCUCUCACCGAAUUACCCAGAGGAGUACGGCAACAACAUGAACUGCGUCUGGCUGAUUAUCUCAGAACCAGGAAGCAGGAUUCACCUCAUCUUCAAUGAUUUUGAUGUGGAGCCGCAGUUUGACUUCCUUGCAAUCAAAGAUGACGGGAUUUCUGACAUAACUGUCCUUGGCACGUUUUCCGGUAACGAAGUGCCUGCCCAGCUGGCCAGCAGCGGGCACAUAGUGCGCCUGGAAUUCCAGUCUGAUCACUCCACCACCGGCAGAGGAUUCAACAUCACCUACACCACAUUUGGGCAAAAUGAAUGUCAUGACCCAGGCAUCCCUAUAAACGGGCGGCGUUUUGGCGACAGGUUCCUCCUUGGGAGCUCAGUUUCCUUCCACUGUGAUGACGGAUUUGUGAAGACCCAGGGCUCAGAGUCCAUCAGCUGCAUCUUGCAGGACGGGAAUGUGGUGUGGAGCUCCAACGUGCCUCGCUGCGAAGCCCCGUGCGGAGGACACCUGACAGCUUCCGGUGGGGUCAUUUUGCCUCCUGGGUGGCCAGGCUAUUACAAAGAUUCUUUAAACUGUGAAUGGAUCAUUGAAGCAAAACCAGGACAUUCCAUCAAAAUAACCUUUGACAGGUUCCAGACUGAAGUCAACUACGACACCCUGGAGGUCAGGGAUGGCCCCGCCGGCUCCUCGCCCCUGAUUGGAGAGUACCACGGCACGCAGGCGCCCCAGUUCCUCAUCAGUACCGGCAACUACAUGUACCUGCUCUUCACCACCGACAGCAGCCGGUCCAGUGUCGGCUUCCUCAUCCACUACGAAAGUGUGACCCUCGAGUCAGAUUCCUGCCUCGACCCGGGCAUCCCCGUGAACGGCCACCGGCACGGCGGUAACUUUGGCAUCAGAUCCACCGUGACCUUCAGCUGUGACCCCGGCUACACCCUGAGUGACGAUGAGCCACUGGUGUGCGAGAGGAACCACCAGUGGAACCAUGCCUUGCCCAGCUGUGAUGCUCUGUGUGGUGGCUACAUCCACGGGAAGAGCGGGACAGUCCUUUCUCCUGGGUUUCCAGACUUUUAUCCCAACUCCCUCAACUGCACGUGGACCAUCGAAGUGUCUCAUGGAAAGGGGGUGCAGAUGGUCUUCCACACCUUCCACCUGGAGAGCUCCCACGACUUCCUCCUCAUCACCGAGGACGGCAGCUUCUCCCAGCCGGUGGCCAGGCUCACAGGCUCUGUGCUGCCCCACACCAUCAAGGCUGGCUUGUUUGGAAACUUCACUGCUCAGCUGCGCUUCAUUUCAGACUUCUCCAUUUCCUAUGAGGGCUUCAACAUCACCUUUUCAGAGUACGACCUGGAGCCCUGUGACGACCCGGGCGUCCCUGCCUUCAGCCGCAGGAUCGGCUUCCACUUCGGCGUGGGUGACACCUUGAUCUUCUCCUGCUUCCCCGGCUACCGCCUCGAAGGUGCGGCCGAGCUGACGUGCCUGGGUGGGGGCCGCCGUGUGUGGAGCGCACCUCUGCCAAGGUGUGUGGCUGAAUGUGGAGCAAGUGUCAAAGGCAAUGAAGGAACACUACUGUCUCCAAAUUUCCCAUCCAAUUACGACAAUAACCACGAGUGUAUCUAUAAAAUAGAAACGGAAGCUGGCAAGGGAAUCCACCUCCGAGCUCGGAGUUUCCAGCUGUUUGAAGGAGAUACGCUAAAGGUUUACGAUGGAAAAGACAGCUCCUCACAUCUGCUAGGAGCCUUCACGAAGAACGAGCUGAUGGGCCUGAUCCUCAACAGCACCUCCAACCACCUGUGGCUGGAGUUCAACACCAACGGCUCUGACACAGACCGCGGCUUCCAGCUCACCUAUACCAGCUUCAGUCUGAUCAAGUGCAAGGACCCCGGCAGCCCCAACUAUGGCUACCGGAUUCGCGACGAGGGCCACUUCACGGACACUGUGGUCCUGUACAGCUGCAACCCGGGCUACGCCAUGCAUGGCAGCAGCACCCUCACCUGCCUCAGCGGGGACCGGAGGGUUUGGGACAAGCCGGUGCCCUCCUGUGUGGCGGAAUGUGGAGGUCACGUGCAUACAGCUACAUCUGGUCGCAUCUUGUCCCCUGGCUACCCAGCCCCAUAUGACAACAACCUGCACUGCACCUGGACCGUGGAGGCCGACCCAGGAAGGACCAUCAGCCUGCACUUCAUUGUUUUCGACACGGAGCUGGCGCAUGACAUCCUCAAAGUGUGGGACGGCCCGGCGGACAGCGCCAUCCUCCUGAAGGAGUGGAGUGGCUCGGCGCUGCCGGAGGACAUCCACAGCACCUUCAACUCGCUCACGCUGCAGUUCGACAGCGACUUCUUCAUCAGCAAGUCCGGCUUCUCCAUCCAGUUCUCAACCUCGGUUGCAUCCACCUGCAAUGACCCAGGGCUGCCCCAAAACGGCACCCGCUACGGAGACAGCCGGGAGCCAGGGGACACCCUCGACUUCCAGUGUGACCCGGGGUACCAGCUCCAAGGACAAGCCAAGGUCACCUGUGUGCAGCUCAACAGCCGGUUCUUCUGGCAGCCGGAUCCACCCACAUGCAUAGCUGCGUGUGGCGGGAACCUGACCGGCCCCUCGGGAGUCCUCCUGUCACCCAACUUCCCACAGCCCUACCCCCCGGGCAAGGAGUGCGACUGGAGGGUGAAGGUGAGCCCGGACUUCGUCAUCGCCUUGGUCUUCAGAAGCUUCAAUAUGGAGCCCAGCUACGACUUCCUGCACAUCUACGAGGGUGAGGACUCCAACAGCCCACUCAUCGGGAGUUUCCAGGGCUCCCAAGCUCCGGACAGAAUCGAGAGCAGCGGAAACAGCCUUUUCCUGGCAUUUAGGAGCGACGCUUCCGUGGGCCUGUCAGGGUUCGCCAUUGAGUUUAAAGAGAAGCCACGGGAGGCUUGCUUUGACCCCGGGAACAUCAUGAACGGCACCAGAGUUGGUACCGACUUCAAACUGGGCUCCACGGUCACCUACCAGUGCGACUCUGGCUACAAGAUCGUGGAGCCUUCGUCCAUCACCUGCGUGAUUGGGGCCGACGCGAAGCCCUCCUGGGACCACAUCUUGCCCUCCUGCACAGCUCCGUGUGGAGGCCAGUACUCGGGGUCCGAGGGCGUGGUCCUGUCCCCUAACUACCCGGGCAACUACACGGCGGGUCAGACCUGCCUCUACGCCAUAACUGUGCCGAAGGAAUUUGUGGUAUUUGGACAGUUUGCCUACUUCCAGACGGCACUCAGUGAUCUGGUGGAAUUAUUUGAUGGGACUCAUCCCCAAGCCAGGCUGCUUAGCUCCCUCUCUGGGUCUCACUCAGGUGAAACGUUGCCGUUAGCCACAUCUAAUCAAAUUCUCCUUCGAUUCAGUGCGAAUAGCGGUGCGUCUGCCAGGGGCUUCCACUUCCUGUUCCAAGCUGUUCCCCGGACCAGCGACACCCAGUGCAGCUCUGUCCCAGAGCCCAGAUAUGGCAGGAGGAUCGGAUCCGACUUCUCGGCAGGCUCCAUCAUUCGGUUUGAGUGCAACCCGGGGUACCUGCUGCAAGGGUCCUUGGCCAUCCGGUGCCGGGCAGUACCCAACGCACUAGCGCAGUGGAACGACUCCAUCCCAAGCUGCGUGGUUCCCUGCAGUGGCAAUUUCACCCAGCGGAGAGGCACAAUCCUGUCCCCGGGCUACCCUGAGCCCUAUGGCAACAACCUGAACUGUGUGUGGAGGAUCGUGGUGACAGAGGGCUCCGGGAUUCAGAUCCAAGUGAUCAGCUUCGCCACGGAGCAGAACUGGGACUCGCUGGAGAUCCAUGAUGGGGGGGACCUGAGCGCCCCGAGACUGGGCAGCUUCUCAGGGACCACGGUGCCGGCCUUGCUGAACAGCACCUCCAACCAGCUGUACCUGCACUUCCAGUCUGACAUCAGUGUGGCCGCGGCGGGCUUCCACCUGGAGUACAAGACGGUGGGUCUGGCUGCGUGUCAAGAGCCAGCCCUGCCCAGCAACGGCAUCAGACUCGGGGACCGCUACAUGGUGAAUGACGUGCUGUCCUUCCAGUGCGAGCCGGGGUACACCUUGCAGGGCCGUUCCCACAUCUCCUGCAUGCCUGGGACCGUGCGCCGCUGGAACUACCCAUCCCCACUCUGCAUCGCCACCUGCGGAGGGACACUGACCAGCCCUGGGGGCGUGAUCCUGAGCCCCGGCUUCCCUGGCUCCUAUCCCAACAACCUGGACUGCACCUGGAAGAUCUUGCUGCCCAUCGGCUACGGUGCCCAUAUUCAGUUUCUGAAUUUCUCCACCGAAGCAAACCAUGACUACCUUGAGGUCCAGAAUGGACCCUACCCCACCAGCCCAAUGAUCGGGCAGUUCAGCGGCACGGACCUGCCCUUGGCCCUGCUCAGCACAACGCACGAGACGCUCAUCCGCUUCUACAGCGACCACUCACAGAACCGGCAAGGCUUCAAACUCUCUUACCAAGCCUAUGAGUUGCAGAACUGCCCGGACCCACCCCCCUUCCAGAACGGGUAUAUGAUCAACUCCGACUACAGCGUGGGCCAGUCCAUCUCAUUCGAGUGUUACCCAGGGUACAUCCUAAUAGGCCACCCUGUGCUUACCUGUCAGCACGGCACCAACAGAAACUGGAACCACCCCUUCCCACGGUGCGAUGCUCCUUGCGGGUAUAACGUGACAUCCCAGAAUGGUACCAUUUAUUCCCCGGGCUUUCCCGAUGAGUACCCCAUCCUGAAAGACUGCCUCUGGCUGAUCACCGUUCCCCCAGGGCACGGGGUGUACAUCAACUUCACCUUGCUGCAGACGGAGGCUGUGAACGACUACAUCGCUGUCUGGGACGGUCCGGACCAGAGUGCGCCCCAGCUGGGCGUGUUCAGCGGGAACACAGCGCUGGAGACAGCCUACAGCUCCACCAACCAGGUCCUGCUCAAGUUCCACAGCGACUUCUCAAACGGCGGCUUCUUCGUGCUCAAUUUUCACGCAUUUCAGCUGAAGAAGUGCCCGCCGCCCGCUGCGGUCCCCCACGCAGACAUGCUGACCGAGGAUGAAGACUUCGAAAUCGGCGACUUUGUGAAGUACCAGUGCCACCCGGGGUACACCCUGUCCGGGAGCGACACGCUGACCUGCAAGCUUAGCUCCCAGCUGCAGUUCGAAGGCUCUCCCCCGGCCUGUGAAGCACAGUGCCCGGCCAACGAAGUCCGGACAGAAUCGUCUGGUGUAAUCCUCAGCCCAGGGUACCCAGGCAACUAUUUUAACUCCCAGACGUGCUCUUGGAGUAUUAAAGUGGAACCAAGCUUUAACAUUACCAUCUUUGUGGACACCUUUCAAAGUGAAAAGCAAUUUGAUUCACUGGAAGUAUUUGAUGGGUCUUCUGGGCAGAGUCCUCUGCUCGUGGUCUUAAGCGGGAACCACACGGAGCAGUCCAACUUCACCAGCAGGGGCAGUCAGCUCUUCCUCCGUUGGUCCACCGACCACGCGACCAGCAAGAAAGGAUUCAAGAUCCGCUACGCAGCCCCGUACUGCAGCCUGACCUCCACACUGAAGAACGGCGGUGUUUUCAACAGGACGGCGGGGGCCCUCGGCAGCACAGUGCACUACUUCUGCAAGCCGGGGUACCGCAUGGUGGGCCGCAGCAAUGCCACCUGCAUCCGGAACCCCGUGGGCAUGUACCAGUGGGACUCCCUCAGCCCCAUCUGCCAGGCUGUGUCCUGUGGCAUCCCCGAGCCCCCGGGAAAUGGCUCAUUCACAGGCAAUGAGUUCACGCUGGACAGGAAAGUCAUAUACGAAUGUAACGAGGGCUUCAAGCUAGAAGCCAGUCACCAAGCAAGUGCAGUGUGUCAGGAAGACGGCUUGUGGAGCAACAGAGGGAGGCCUCCUGCUUGUAAACCGGUGCUGUGCCCCAGCAUUGAGAUGCAGCUGUCAGAACACGUCCUCUGGAGGCUGGUGUCCGGGUCACUGGAUGAGUAUGGAGCCCAGGUCCUGCUGAGCUGCAGCCCUGGCUACUACCUGGAGGGCCCCAGGCUGCUGCAGUGCCAGGCCAACAGCACGUGGAGCGGCGCAGAGGAGCAGCCGGCGUGCAGAGUUGUCUCGUGCGGGAGCCUGUCCUUCCCCCCAAAUGGUAACAAGAUCGGGACGCUGACGGUCUAUGGGGCCACUGCCAUCUUCACCUGCAACACGGGCUACACCCUGGUGGGCUCGCACGUCCGCGAGUGCCUGGCCAACGGUCUCUGGAGCGGCUCGGAGACGCGCUGCCUGGCUGGCCACUGCGGCUCCCCGGACCCCAUCGUGAAUGGCCACAUCAGCGGGGACGGCUUCAGCUACCGGGACACAGUGGUCUAUCAGUGCAACCCCGGCUUCCGGCUGGUGGGGACGUCCGUCAGGAUCUGCCUGCAGGACCACAGGUGGUCUGGACAGACGCCCGUCUGUGUCCCCAUCACCUGUGGGCACCCCGGGAACCCCGCCCAUGGGGUCACCAACGGCAGCGAGUUCAACCUGAACGACCUGGUGAACUUCACCUGCAGCACUGGCUACCUGCUGCAGGGGGCCACGCGCGCCCAGUGCCGGAGCAACGGGCAGUGGAGCAGCCCCCUGCCCGCCUGCCGAGUGGUGAACUGUUCAGAUCCAGGCUUCGUGGAAAACGCCAUUCGACAUGGGCAGCAGAGCUUCCCCGAGAGUUUCGAGUUUGGCACCAGCGUCCUGUAUCACUGCAAGAAGGGCUUCUACCUUCUGGGCUCUUCGGCCUUGACCUGCACGGCGACUGGCUGGUGGGACCGCUCUCUGCCCAAGUGCCUGGCCAUAUCGUGUGGGCACCCCGGGGUCCCUGCCAACGCCGUGCUGACCGGGGAGCUGUUCACCUACGGAGCCACGGUGCAGUACGCGUGCGAAGGGGGCCGGAGUCUCACCGGCAACGGCACCAGAGUCUGCGGGGAGGACAGCCGCUGGAGCGGGGUGCUGCCCCACUGCUCAGGAAGCAGCCCCGGGUUCUGUGGCGACCCAGGGACCCCUGCCCAUGGAUCUCGGCUCGGGGAUGAAUUUAAGACCAAGAGUCUGCUGCGCUUCUCCUGCGAGGUGGGCUACCAGCUGCGGGGCUCCGCUGAACGCACGUGCCUGCCUGACGGGUCCUGGUCCGGGGUCCAGCCUGCGUGCGAGGCCGUGUCCUGUGGGAACCCUGGCACACCCACCAACGGCCGCAUCGUCAGCAGCGACGGCAGCCUCUUCUCCAGCUCCGUGGUCUACGCGUGCUGGGAUGGUUACAAGACCUCAGGGCUCACCACGCGGCACUGCACAUCCAACGGGACCUGGACCGGCAGCGCUCCGGACUGCACAAUUAUCAGCUGUGGAGACCCAGGCACGCUGCCCAACGGUGUACAGUUUGGGACCGAUUUCACCUUCAACAAGACUGUGAGCUACCAGUGCAACCCCGGGUACCUGAUGGAACCUGCCUUGGCCUCCACCAUCCGCUGUACCGCAGACAGUGCAUGGAACCAGAGCAAGCCUGCCUGCAAAGCUGUCCUGUGCAGCCAGCCCCCUCCCGUGCCCAACGGGAAGGUGGAGGGCACCGACUUCCGCUGGGGCUCCAGCGUCAGUUACAGCUGUGAGGACGGCUUCCAGCUCUCGCAGUCGGCCAUCCUCUCCUGCGAAGGUCACGGGGUGUGGAAAGGAGAGGUCCCCCAGUGCCUGCCUGUGUUCUGUGGAGACCCCGGAAUCCCAGCAGAGGGACGCAUCAGUGGGAAGAGCUUCACGUUCAGAUCUGAGGUCUUCUUCCAGUGCAAGGUGCCCUUCAUACUGGUGGGGUCAUCGAGGAGAACUUGCCAGGCAGAUGGCACCUGGAGCGGCAUUCAGCCAACCUGCAUAGAUCCUGCACAUAACACCUGCCCGGAUCCUGGAAGCCCACGCUUUGGAAUACAGAAUAGCUCUAGAGGAUAUGAGGUGGGCAGCACCGUCUUCUUCAGAUGCAGGAAAGGCUACCACGUCCAAGGCUCCACCACGAGGACCUGCCUGGCCAACCUCACCUGGAGUGGCACGCAGACGGAGUGCUCACCUCACGCCUGCAGGCAGCCAGAAACCCCAGCACACGCAGACGUCAGAGCCAUCGAUCUGCCCACGUUCGGCUACACUUUGGUGUACACCUGCCACCCCGGGUUUUUCCUUGCAGGUGGAUCUGAACACAGGACAUGUAAAGCAGAUAUGAAGUGGACAGGGAAGUCCCCCGUAUGUAAAAGUAAAGGAGUGAGAGAAGUUAAUGAAACAGUUACUAAAACUCCAGUUCCUUCCGAUGUAUUUUCCGUCAAUUCAGUGUGGAAAGGGUAUUAUGAAUAUUUAGGCAAGAGACAGCCUGCAACUCUGACUGUUGACUGGAUCGACAGGACCAGCAGCAAGGUGAACGUGACCUUCAGGACAGCCCCGCAGGUGCAGCUAGAGCUGACAGGGGUCUAUAAGAAGGAAGAGGCUCAUUUGCUGCUGAAAGCUUUUCAGAUGAAGGGCCAGGUGGACAUCUUUGUGAGCAAGUUUGAGAACGACAACUGGGGCCUGGAUGGCUAUGUGUCCUCGGGACUGGAGAGGGGAGGAUUCACUUUUCAAGGCGACAUACAUGGGAAGGACUUCGGGAAAUUCAAGCUGGAGAGGCAAGAUCCCACAGACCCUGAUCAAGACCCUUCAAAUCAUUACCACGGCACCAGCAGCGGCUCGGUGGCAGCCGCCAUCCUGGUUCCCUUCUUUGCUCUAAUCUUAUCAGGAUUUGCCUUUUACCUCUACAAACACAGAACAAGACCAAAAGUUCAGUACAAUGGCUAUGCUGGACACGAAAACAGCAACGGACAAGCUUCCUUUGAAAACCCCAUGUACGACACGAACUUAAAGCCCACAGAAGCCAAGGCCGUGCGCUUUGACACGACUCUGAACACGGUGUGCACGGUGGUAUAGCCCUGGACGCUGCUGACUCACAGCCAUACCUCUGAAGGACAAGCAGCCGCUCCUCUGGUGCCAUAGACCAACUUCCUUCUACCCUUGCUUUGCCGCAGCACCUCGUCCAUCGUCCUCUGGGGUCCACGUGGCGGGAGCCUCCCUACUCCCACUCCGCGCAGCAGUCUCCUGAGGCCCAGACCGAAAGCGUGGAUUUCUAACGCGUCCGCUGGGACCCAGGCAUGCUCCGGGGAGAAAUCUGAGUGCCGUGACACGCGAGCUCCGCGCCUCAGACUCCCGGUCUCUCUGUGGCUGGGUGUCAUUCCAUGCAACCUCGGGGCACGCGGAAGCAUCUCUGGGCACGGUGACAGCACAGGGGCACCACCGUCCGUGUGUUAAUUUUCCUUGGAGCCCCCACGGACACGGACGCCCGAAGAGAAAAAGAAAGUUUUCUUGAAGACACCUUUCUAACAGACGCACACGCCUACGAGAGCUUCACUCUGUCCUUCCUGAGACCCAGCAAGCUUUGAGGACCUCACGGCUCCCGAACGUUCACCCUGAGGGACAGUCGCCAGUUUCCCAGCCAGCUGUUCUAUUGCAGAAUUUUUGAUGCACAAUUUUUUGCACUAGGGUGUUAUGAAUGAUUGAGUAAGAUUCUAAAAAUAAAAACUAUUCACACAGGGUUCAUACACAGUAUAUGUUGUAUAUAAGCCUCCUUCAUAGUGUCGGCCACAUAUCCCACCAUCGGUUCAGCUGGAGUGUAAGGAACAGAGUACCUGGACACGCCCGGGACAGACUUUAAGGGGAAAAGCAGUACUAAAGAAAUUUAUUUUGUUAUUGCUUCUACUAGCUACAUGUAUUUUUAAAUUCAUUGGAGAUGUCCAACAAGAACAACAGAGGCCUUUCACUUUCCAUGUUUGCUUCCUUUCGGGUCAUCGUGGCCAGGGUAUUGUGUCUGAUGUACAACUUCCUGCCAGGCAGUUGGUCACGAUUUCCAUUUGCAAUGUACAGAUGUGAAUAGUAAUUUAUUUUAGGUAGCUCACGGACCUGUGGGUUUUAGCUCAUAGCCAAGCCUUCUCUUUUAUGUCACUGUUUCCUUUCUUUUUCUGUGACGUCGCCCCCUGCUAUUGCAUUGAAAGAUGGCAACCUCAGUCCCUCCUCAUCUCAGUGGAGCUGUCUAGGAUUGAACUAAUGUCCCUCUGGAGGAAAGGCAAGAUCACACGCUCUCCUCUCAUGAUCAUCUACUUUAUCCUUUUGUUUCAUGCUCUGGAGUUCCAGACAGAGGAGCAUUUCCGUGAUUCUGUGAGCUUACAGCUCAUUAUAGGCAGAUUAUGCAGCAUGGAAUGAAUCAAACAGGUCGUGCUUCCCAAGCAGAUAAAAUUUUAAACACAUGGAUAGUGGUGACCACGAGAAUGUUCUGUAACAAAUUUGAAGUGAAGAUCAUGUUUAUUUUUAUUUAUAAUUGUUUGAUAAAGGUAUUUUUGAACAGAUACGCUUAUUUUGUUAUUUGAUGCUGAGGUACAUAUCCCACACCAUGAAGGGUCCCCCUGCACAUCCCAGACCUGCUCCGCGGAGCACC